GGUGACCAGGAUAUCUUUCCAGCAGGAGACCACUGCCUGAGCUGUGAAGAUGUCCACUCCAGACCCACCCCUGGGUGGGACUCCUCGGCCUGGCCCUUCUCCAGGCCCUGGUCCUUCACCUGGUGCAAUGCUGGGCCCUAGCCCUGGUCCCUCACCAGGUUCUGCUCACAGCAUGAUGGGGCCCAGCCCGGGACCUCCUUCGACAGGACACCCCAUGCCUACCCAGGGGCCUGGAGGAUACCCUCAGGACAACAUGCACCAGAUGCACAAGCCUAUGGAGUCCAUGCACGAGAAGGGCAUGCCUGAUGACCCACGAUACAACCAGAUGAAAGGUAUGGGCAUGCGGUCAGGGGCCCACACAGGCAUGGGACCUCCGCCUAGUCCCAUGGAUCAGCAUUCCCAAGGUUACCCCUCACCCCUGGGUGGCUCUGAACAUGCCUCCAGUCCUGUCCCAGCCAGCGGCCCAUCUUCAGGCCCCCAGAUGUCCUCUGGGCCAGGAGGAGCCCCACUGGAUGGUUCUGACCCCCAGGCCUUGGGGCAGCAAAACCGAGGCCCAACCCCAUUUAACCAGAACCAGCUGCAUCAACUCAGAGCUCAGAUAAUGGCCUACAAGAUGUUGGCCAGGGGCCAGCCAUUGCCCGACCACCUGCAGAUGGCCGUGCAAGGCAAGCGUCCAAUGCCUGGAAUGCAGCAGCAGAUGCCAACACUACCUCCACCCUCAGUGUCUGCCACAGGACCUGGGCCUGGCCCUGGCCCUGGCCCUGGCCCAGGUCCAGGACCAGCCCCUCCAAAUUACAGUAGGCCCCAUGGUAUGGGAGGGCCCAACAUGCCUCCCCCAGGACCCUCAGGUGUACCCCCCGGGAUGCCUGGUCAGCCCCCUGGAGGGGGGCCCAAGCCAUGGCCUGAAGGACCCAUGGCCAAUGCUGCUGCCCCCACAAGCACCCCACAGAAGCUGAUUCCCCCACAACCAACAGGCCGCCCUUCACCUGCACCUCCUGCCGUCCCACCUGCUGCCUCACCUGUAAUGCCACCACAAACACAAUCCCCAGGGCAGCCAGCCCAGCCUGCUCCAUUGGUGCCACUGCACCAGAAGCAGAGUCGCAUCACCCCCAUCCAGAAGCCCCGGGGUCUGGACCCUGUGGAGAUCCUACAGGAACGGGAGUACAGGCUUCAGGCUCGAAUUGCACACCGAAUUCAGGAACUUGAAAACCUCCCUGGUUCCCUAGCUGGGGACCUUCGAACCAAAGCAACCAUCGAACUCAAGGCCCUUAGGUUGCUGAACUUUCAGAGACAGCUGCGCCAGGAGGUGGUGGUGUGCAUGCGCAGAGACACAGCCCUAGAGACAGCCCUCAAUGCCAAGGCCUAUAAGCGCAGCAAACGACAGUCACUGCGGGAAGCCCGCAUCACCGAGAAGCUGGAGAAGCAGCAGAAGAUUGAACAGGAGCGCAAGCGCCGCCAGAAGCACCAGGAGUACCUCAACAGCAUCCUACAGCAUGCCAAGGACUUCAGGGAGUAUCACAGAUCCGUCACAGGCAAACUCCAGAAACUCACCAAGGCUGUGGCCACCUACCAUGCCAACACCGAGCGGGAACAGAAGAAAGAAAACGAGCGCAUUGAGAAGGAGCGAAUGCGGAGGCUUAUGGCAGAAGAUGAGGAGGGCUACCGCAAGCUCAUUGACCAGAAGAAGGACAAGCGCCUGGCCUACCUACUACAGCAGACAGACGAGUAUGUGGCCAACCUCACAGAGCUGGUGCGGCAGCACAAAGCUGCCCAGGUUGCCAAGGAGAAGAAGAAAAAAAAGAAAAAGAAGAAGGCAGAAAAUGCUGAAGGUCAGACACCUGCCAUUGGACCAGAUGGUGAGCCUCUGGAUGAGACCAGCCAGAUGAGCGACCUCCCAGUGAAAGUGAUCCAUGUGGAGAGUGGCAAGAUCCUGACGGGCACAGAUGCCCCAAAAGCCGGGCAGCUGGAAGCCUGGCUUGAGAUGAACCCAGGGUAUGAAGUAGCUCCCAGGUCAGAUAGUGAAGAAAGUGGCUCCGAAGAGGAGGAGGAGGUAAGAGGCCACUUUAUCUUUGCUGUUCAUAGGCCUUCCACCUU